CGCGUGUAUAGCAUCUCUCGAGUCAGUUGCAAGUCGGUCAGUGACGUGUGCGCUCUCUCACACACCAUCGAUCGUGAACGAAUUCUUAUCGAACGCGUGGGUUAUCCAUCAACGUUUACACGAGUAUCUAUAAGGAAUCAGCCAUGUGGUUAUCGGGACCCUCUGAAACAAGUAGCAUCGAUAUACUUGAAAUACAAGUGUGUGGGCAGCAUCAACGAUAUAUCGAGUGCAAUGAAGAAAUAAGAAGAAAUUAGCCGUCACACAAGCGGAAGAGAGAUGGAUAAAGCGUGCGGUAAAAUUUGCCGGCUACUGAUCCUGCUGCUGCUCAUUUUCGGUGGUGCAACCGGCUUAAAAACUUUAAAGAUAACAGCACCAGAGAGGGUAAGGGUUGGAGACUCUGCCCUUCUAACGUGCAGCUACGACCUAGAUAACGUCCAGCUUUACGUCAUCAAGUGGUACUUGGACGAUGCUGAAUUCUAUCGGAAUGUACCCAAGAAGGAUCCACCCCACGCUAUAUUUCCCGUACGGGGCAUCCGAGUUAACGUGUCGAGCUCAAACACGCAGGACGUGACGCUAGUCAACAUGACGAGGAACCACACGGGGCGGUACAGCUGCGAGGUAACCGAAGACGGCCCGACUUACGACACCAGAGUCCAGGAGGCUCACGUCUUUGUUGUUGAUGUGCCAGAAACGGAGCCGAGAAUCGCAGUCGACAGGGAGCACUUACGAGCCGGCGAAACACUCCGAGCGAAUUGCUCGUCGGGCACCUCCCGGCCCGCCCCCAACAUUACGUGGACCCUCAACGGAGCACCCUUGAAUAACAUGACCAUGCGAUUCAAAGUUCGGACGAAGACAAACAAAAGGUCCACGCACUCUUCUCUAAGUUUGGAGACGACUGGCCUGUUUCGAAAUGGCCGUAUCCGCCUGCGAUGCUUUGCCGAAAUUACGCCGGUCUACAAAGCGUCAGCUUCGAAGGAAAUAAUGGAGGAAAGACCCUACAUCGCAUCGAUUACGGGAGAUGCAUCGCCACACAGUCGCCAAUCCAAUGGUAGGAGUGCUGCCAGCUUAGCGUCCCUCUGGAUUUAUGGAUUGGCAUCGAAUAUUCUAGGAAUGCUAAUUCAAGCCACUUUCACAAGGUAGUUCCAGAGUAACGUGUCUCCAACAAGACGAUGAAAAACUAAGAAGCGAGAGCGUCUUCUCUGUUUGGCCCGAUUUCAUUGUACAAGUGAAACCUAGUAGCUGAGGGCUUACAGUUUUUUAUAUGUUACUAUGUAUAUAUACGAUAAAAUAGGUAGUUAAUUGAUUUUUAUUCAAAUGACGAUCAGAAGAACGAGUAGGGAUUGAUGGUUAAAAUAAAAGAUGAGUGUCGUGGAAUAUGAAAAUAAAAUAAUAGAUACAUAAAUAAAUCAGUAACGUAAGAUCUCGAAUUAAGUGACAAUUAUCGACGACGAUAAUCUAAGGCUAAAAAAGUUGUAAUAUAAUAUAUAAAUAUAAGACAAUGCGAAACGACGUACACGUAAACAUACCACAAUCAAAUACGAUACGCGCCAAUUGCUUAUAAACAUGAUUGUAAAUUGUUAUGAAUUAAGUGAAUGCUUAAUCGUUUUCUAUGGAACAAUGAAUUUCUCAAAUGUUUGUACCGAAAAACUAGUUAAAGUGUUUGUAUUUGCUAUUAUACCUUCGUAUUGCGAUAUAGCUACCAUGUUUAAGUUAUAUAAGCUAAUUGAUUGAUGUAUGAGAACUUACGUUCUACUAUAAUGUGUAUAAUUAUCUGGUUUUAAAAAGACAAUCGAAAUAUGUUUGAUGAUAUGCACGUCUUGAAAAGAUUAAUUGCGCAUAAUCAUUCUAUUAUUCACGAUUAUAUAUUUUGCUUCAAGUAGCGACUCUGAAUCAAUAACCAUGCAAAGUUAUACAAAUUUUAUAAAUGAUGUUAUAUAAAAGUAAGGUACAAAAUAUAUUUUUCGUUCGAAUUAAAGAU